CGCGCCGUCUGACGAAAUGAAAAGCAACAUUUGCAACUCAACGUAGUUUACAUCACAGCGCAGAAAGCGCGGCCAGCCACAACAGUAACUGCUCUCAGCGCCAGCGGGUUCAUCCGUCCAUUAGUAUUCGACCGGAGCAGUGGCUUCCUUUUUUUCCGCCGAGCGCCAGCAAAUUACAUUUACGUUGGAAUUAGUGAAAUAGUAUCUCGCAUUGCUUGCCGGCAUUCCGAACCACGCGGUCGUCAACGAGCAAUCAAGCCGGCUGGUCAACCGAAAAGAAACGCACUGUUUAGUUUUUAACUGCGCUUUGCCGGCUUCGAGUUUGGUUUUCUUGCAUCGUACCAUCCAUUUAGAGUAUUAUUUAGUCAGUAGGAAACAUGAUUCCGAUCGUCCACAUCGCGGCGUAUUCCGCGAUUGCAUUCGUUGGGUUCAAAUUGUUGAGAUUAUUCAUCGAGGGAGGCCAGUUUAGGAAGGGAACGCGUUGCGAUGGUAAGGUGAUUUUGAUAACCGGGGCCAACACUGGAAUCGGUAAAGAAACCGCUAAGGAGUUGCUCAAGCGUGGCGGGAAGGUUUACAUAGCAUGCCGGUCAUUGGAGAAGGCUAAUCAGGCCCGGGAGGAACUGAUAGCAGAAACCGGUAAAAGCGAUAUUCAUGUGCGCGAGUUGGACCUGUCUUCGCUGGAAUCGGUGAGGACGUUUGCCACAAAGUUCCUCCAGGAAGAGCCACGUUUGGAUAUACUGAUUAACAAUGCCGGUGUGAUGGCGUGCCCGAAAGCGUUGACCAAAGAUGGGUUCGAGCAGCAAUUGGGCGUGAAUCAUUUGGGACACUUUCUGCUGACGAAUUUACUGUUGGACCGGUUGAAGGCGUCCGCUCCUUCUCGGGUGGUGAAUCUGUCCAGCCUGGCGCAUCGAUACGGAACGAUAAACAAGCGUGAUUUGAAUAGCGAGCAGUCGUACAACCAAGUUAUGGCAUACUGCCAGAGCAAGUUAGCCAAUGUGUUAUUUACUCGUGAGUUGGCGAAACGAUUGGAGGGAACUGGAGUGACAGCGUACGCGGUACACCCAGGAGCCGUUCAUACCGAGCUGACUCGACAUAUGGGAAGCAUUUUCUUUCUAUUUGAGCAAAAUCUAAUAAAACCGAUUUUACGUCUUACAUUCAAAAGUGCCAAAUCGGGGGCUCAAACCAGCCUGUACACAGCACUCGAUGAAGACUUGGCACAACAAAGUGGAAAAUAUUACGCAGAUUGCCGCGAACAGAAAACAAGCAAACAGGGAACUGACGACGACACCGCUGGUUGGUUGUGGAACGUCAGCGAAAAGAUGGUGGGCCUUUCAGGGAAAUCUUCCUAAAUUUUUGAUGUGAGCCAAACCCAUUACAUUCAUAUACAAGUUAUCUUUUCUUAGUUAUUAUUGGUGUGUUUAUUUAUGUUAUUGUUGGAAUAAAAAAAUAACUUUGA